UGGUCUGAGUGCUCAUCUUAUGUCAAAUAUAAUUAAGUAUCGCUUUUAAAAAAGUUUUUUAUUUUUAUUUUUUUUUCUUUACAUUAUUAUAUAAAAAUAAGCAUAUGAUGGCACCACUUCGUCAACUAGAAUUUUAUUCGGGUAUUGGAGGCAUGGUAAUUGAAUAAUCAACUGUAACCAAAAUGACUAUCUUACCAUCUUUAACAGCAUUAUGCUGCUAAACUUGCUAAUUGGGAUGUGGAAAUCGUCAAAGCUUUUGACAUUAACGAUGUAGCUAAUAAUAUUUAUAAACAUAACUUUGAUCCCAAGAUAGUUGGUCAGAACCUUAUCGAAACUCUUUCAACUAAAUAUUUUGAUGAUAUUGCAGCUGAUGUAUGGACAAUGUCACCGCCUUGUCAACCUUAUACACGUAUCGGCCUUCAACAAGGAAGUGAAGACGCUCGUGCAAAAAGUUUUUUGCAUUUAUUGAAUGUGUUGGGUGAAAUGAAGAAUAAACCAAAGUAUAUUCUGCUUGAAAAUGUAAAAGGAUUUGAGGAAUCCGAUUCAAGAGAGAUGCUUGUUAAUAAAUUAAAAGAAUGCGAUUAUAGUUUUCAGGAAUUUUUAUUAACACCAUUGCAACUUGGUAUUCCUAAUUCUAGAAUGAGAUAUUAUUUAUUGGCAAAAUUAAAGCCAUUAACAUUUGCAAAGCCAGUAACAGGAACGAUUAUUGGAUAUAUUCCACUUUCAGAACACAUGUCACAAGAGUUUAUUGAUAUAAGAAAUAUUACUGAGGAGGAGAAGUUAUUAACUGAUCAAGUCGUCAUUGAUCCAUUAUUAAAAUAUUUAGAACAAGUUGAUGAAGAUCAAUAUCUGGUGCCUGAUAAAGUACUUGUAAAGAAUAGUCACGUUUUUGAUAUUGUCAAACCAGAUAGCCAUCGUAGCUGUUGCUUUACAAAAGGUUAUUUUCAUUAUGCGCAAGGAACUGGAUCGAUUCUUCAAAUGAAUCAAGAUGUGAAUACUUCAGAGAUAUUUAAAAAGGCUAUGGAAUAUAAAGGAAUAGAUGAAGAGAAACAAUUAGAAUAUUUACAUACUAUAAAACUACGCUAUUUUAGUCCAAGAGAAGUUGCUAAUUUAAUGGGUUUCCCUAAAGAGUUUGAAUUUCCAGAAACAACUACUAUUAAACAACAAUAUAGAACUUUAGGUAACAGCAUUAAUGUCAGAUUGGUAUCAGAGUUAAUGCGUUACUUGCUUAAAUAAUCGAUUGUGUUAACCAGUAAACUGAAUUUCUGGGACAUGAAGCGGCUACUCACGUGAUGAUGAAUUUUAAAUAAAAAUAUUGUUAUUGUAAUCCUUUAAAAUAAUGUAUUUUACGCAGAGUUCUUUCAAUCUGCCAAAAAAAAAUAUCAUAAGUAAUACAAUACAAUAUUUUUAACGAAGAUUCUCUUCCAAGCAGGAAUAACAAAUAAGAAAUCUUACUGCAAAAUAGAUUUUUAUGAUUA